GACAGGAAGGGAGGAGCGGGCAGGGACGGGCUUCAAGUUUAUAAACUUGUCCCUCCCGGUCCCCGCAGCCUCCACCCGGCAUGGCCAUGGCCGAGGGCCAGAAACGAGGGGGCUUCAAGAAAUUCAAGUUUUUCAAGUUCAAAGGCUUCGGCAGCCUGAGCAGCAUCCCCCGUUCCUUCACCCUGCGGCGCGGGGCCGUGGCCCCCAGCUCUUCCGAGUCAGGGGAAGGGGGUCUGCCUCCCCACGGCUUCCUGGAGGAGCCCUUCAGCAGCACCCAGGAUGACCUCAACACCAUGCCCAAGAGCCCCGGCCCCUACGCCCGGUCGUCAGACAUGUACAGCCACAUGGGCACCAUGCCCAGGCAGAACCCGGGCAAGGUGGGGAAGAGCCCAGGCAAAGCCAGGAGUACCCAGAGCUGCCGGGAGAAAGGGAGCCCCAGGGACAAGAUGCCCAGCACAACCCCAGUGAGCGUCCCCGAGUCCCCCAAGACUCCUGGCACCCCAGACGCUGGCGCAGACCCGUUCUCAGCCUCUGGGAAAGCAGAGCAGGAGGAGGGAGAGGCUCUGCCCUCGGGCACCCCGACGGCACCGAUGGCCGGGGUGGACCAGGAGCCCGCAGGGAACAUCUCCUGCCCCAGGACGGAGGCACCGAGCCCCAGACCAGCCCCCAGCCCUGCACCAGGAACGGAGACCACCACCAGGGAUCUGCUGGGAAAGGGGCAAGAGCGCCCCAGCGAGAGCUCCCCAGACAGCCACCACAAUGGCCUGGAGUCCGGCAGCGAAUACGUGAAGUUCUCCAAGGAGAAAUACAUCCUCGACUCGUCACCGGAGAAGCUUCACAAGGAGCUGGAAGAGGAGCUGAAGCUGAGCAGCAGCGACCUGCGCAGCCACGCCUGGUACCACGGCCGCAUCCCCCGGGAGGUCUCGGAGAGCCUCGUGCAGAGGAACGGCGACUUCCUCAUCCGCGACUCGCUCACCAGCCUGGGCGACUACGUGCUGACGUGCCGCUGGCGCAACGAGCCCCUGCACUUCAAGAUCAACAAGGCGACGGUGAAGUCCAGCGACGGCCACACCCGCGUCCAGUACCUCUUCGAGCAGGAGAGCUUCGACAACGUGCCCGCCCUCGUCCGCUUCUACGUGGGCAACCGCAAGGCCAUCUCCGAGCAGAGCGGUGCCAUCGUCUACUGCCCCAUCAACCGCACCUUCCCCCUGCGCUACCUGGAAGCCAGCUAUGGGCUCGCCAACGGGAAGCACGGGGCGCCCCACAGCCCAGCCGCCCAGAAAGGGGGGCACAUCAAGAGGAGGAGCAUCACCAUGACGGACGGCCUGACGGCCGACAAGAUCACCAGGGCCGAGGGGUGUCCCACCAGCGUGUCCCUGCCGCACCACAGGGACAUCAUCCGCAACUGCGCCGUCAGCGUGGACCAGAUCCAGGACCUGCACGCCCCGAUGUCCCCCAUCUCAGAGAACCCCACGUCGCCCGCCUACAGCACGGUUACACGGCUAAAGCCGCACACCUGCCAAGCGGCCGGGAUCACCCCGGCCUCCCCGGUCAUCAGAAGGUCCAGCGAGCCCCAGCUGUGCCCGGGGAGCAACAGCAAACCUCUCCCGGACCCUGCCCACAGCACCCACUCCACUCCCUGCCACGGCUACGCUCGUGCCUCCCCCUCUCCCUCCGUGAACAGCUACAGCGACCCGGACACGGGGCACUACUGCCAGCUGCACCCCACCUCGCCCGUCGGCAGGGAGCGGCCGGCUCAUGACACCAAGCCAGCAAAGAGCUACGUGGAGAGGCUAAAGGUGGAGGAAGGACAGAGAGGGACUGUGGAGAACGGCUCCGGGGAGGCAGAGGCAGGGCAGAGGCUGAAAGGAGAGCGGGACUUCGUGGCCUUUGUGCCCCCCACCAUGGAGAUGAGCUCCUCCUUCAACCCUGCCGCCUUCCAGUCCCUGCUCAUCCCCCUGGAGAACAAGCCCCUGGAGAUGGCCGUGCUCAAGAAGGUCAAGGAGCUGCUGGCGGAGGUGGACGCGAAGACGCUCGCCAAACACAUCACCAAAGUGGACUGCGUGGUACGGCCGGGGCCAGGCGGGAGGGACGGGCGCCGCUACCCUCCCUUUGCUCCAGGGGAGCAGAGCAUCCCCCUGCACUGCAGCAUCCCCGAAAAUCCGAGCGUCCCAGCUCGGCUCUGCCUCCCCGCACCAGCUGGGGCAGACGGAGGCCGGGUGGCAGCGAAGAGCUGCCCGAGGCCGCCCAGCCUCUCCUCAAUUAACAAAGGUCUAAUCGCCUCUCGCCUUUCUUGCCAGGUCGCUCGGAUACUGGGCGUAACUGCAGAGACGCAGCGGCUCAUGGGGGUGAGCUCUGGCAUGGAGCUGCUCACCCUGCCCCACGGCCACCAGCUCCGGCUCGACCUGCUGGAACGGUUCCACACCAUGUCCAUCAUGAUCGCCGUGGACAUCCUGGGCUGCACGGGCAGCACGGAGGAGCGGGCGGCCCUGCUGCACAAAACCAUCCAGCUGGCGGCCGAGCUGAAGAGCACCAUGGGGAACAUGUUCAGCUUCGCGGCUGUGAUGAACGCCCUGGAAAUGACACAGAUCGCGCGGCUGGAGCAGACCUGGAUGGUGCUGCGGCAGCGGCACACGGAGGGCGCGAUCCUCUACGAAAAGAAGCUGAAGCCGUUCCUGAAGAGCCUGAACGAGGGGAAAGAAGGCCCGCCGCUGACCAACACCACCUUUCCCCACGUCAUGCCCCUGGUGACCCUCCUGGAGCGGGACGACGCUCUGGUGGACAACCCCGAGCCCUGGGAGACCACGGACAACGGCGUGGAGGUGGUCAUGGCCCACCUGGAGGCGGCGCGGAUGGUGGCCCACCACGGCGGGCUGUACCACACCAACGCCGAGGUGAAGCUGCAGGGUUUCCAGGGCCGAGCGGAGCUGCUGGAGGUCUUCAGCACCGAGUUCCAGCUGCGGCUGCUGUGGGGCAGCCGCGGGGCCGAGAGCAGCCAGGCCGAGCGCUACGAGAAGUUCGACAAAGUCCUCACCGCCCUGUCCCACAAGCUGGAGCCGGCGGUGCGCUUCAGCGAGCUGUAACCCGCGCCGUGCGCUGCGGAGCCCCUCCGCGGGGGGGGGUGCGGAUUGGCAAUCUGGGGACAGAGAGGAGCCACCGCAGCCACAUCCCACCUGCCACCCACCUCUGGCCGGGGAUCCUGCAGCCGUUGCAGGGACGGGGACAGCGCCCGGGCAGUCCAGCGCCCGUGACCGCGUGGUGUCCGUCACCUCGCCCUUCGGCUUCCUCUCCUUCCACCCCUCGAUCCCCUCGGUGCCCUGUGUAAAGACGUUUUCACGGCCGCGCCUCGCUGUACAGACGCGCGAGGGACGGCCGGUCCCUGCUGUACAUACUCGGUCCCGUCCUGUAAAUACGUGUACAUAGCUCGGGUCCUGCACACAAUAAACUUUUAUGCUCCC